GCUGGCGGAGGCCCAGGCGGAUUUCGAGAAGGACCACCUGAAGUUCCACGAGGUGGAGCUGCUGCCUGAGGGGGGCCGCAGCUUCGGCUGCCACGUGGAUGGCCGGCGCCGCGCUACUCGGCCGACCGACGAGAGGUUCGCCAUGGCGCGGAAGGGCCUCAAGCGCUCGCUGAAGCGUCGGAAGGUCGCAGGCUGGCAGCUGGAGAUGGUGCUGGGCCUCAUGGCGUUCAUGGCCUUGGAGCUGACCUGCUACCUCGGUAUCAUGGUGAUGCUGGAGUCGAGCUGGACCCGCGCGUGGGCGCCUGUGGUCUACUCCUCCGACGCGAGCCUCUACGGCGACGGCGUCGCCGAGGCGAGCUUCGAUCCAGAAGCUGCGGCAGAGGUCGGGCGCAUCUCAGAGCUGUCGCGGCGGCGCCCGGGUGCUGGGCUCGCGAGGCAGCACGCCUUCGAGCGCGCCGGCUUCCUGCUCGACGACGAGACGGGCGAGGUCGUCCGCGAUGCCAGCCGGGCGCCGCGCCAGCUGGACGCCGAGCUGCGGCGCGCGCUGGCCAGCGAGCGCUGGGAGGUCGAUCGCAGCUUCCCUGAGGUGCCCAGCCAGUUGUUGCAUGACUCCCACUGGACCACA